UCUCGUGCAUCACGCUGAUGUUGACAAUAUCACUGGUUCUCGAAUCUUGCAUACAAUUCUAGAUCAGUGCCAGCAUCAUAAAUGGAAAACGAGAGGCAAGAAAUCGCUACAAAUGGUGAAAGUCUUACUUCAGAGAGGAGUAGAUCCGGCUAUUUUCGAUGGGGAUGGCUUCAAUGCUCUCACAAAACUCCUCGAAUUCCCGAGAGAUAUCGACGUGGCGGAAUGCUUGAAGGUUCUUUUGACGAAUGCCGAUCCCGCAAUUCAAGAUGCGAAAGCUCGAAAACCACUUGAAUUAGCUAUUAGGAGAUUCCACGACCCAACCCGUUUCCAGCUGAUUGAGCUUUUGCUUUCUACGCACUCGGCUGGGUUCAGCUCAGGCUCGGGGAUCCCGCAGUACUUCCCCGUCUCUUCACAGUGGCCGCAUUACUUGAACAACGGAUUUAGACAACACAUGCAGAUGUUCAUCCCCCCAGAUUGCCUCGAUCAUGUCGUCCGAGCUGCAGUUAGCAUAUCGACGCGAAAGGCAGUGGAGGAGAACACGGCCGAUGAUGCACCAGGCGAUUUCUCCCGCCAGGUGACAAUCGUCACCGACGCGAUUUUCACGAGGAAGCAACAUAAACUCCCGGACAUUCCGUACUUGGACGGCUUGUUUGGGAUGAAGCUCUUGCAGUUUGCGAAGAGUAAACUUUCUCCGCCGUGGUCCACUUUUCCUCCUUCGUUUCCUAGCGGACACGACAGCGCGCAUUUUACACCGCAAGCGUAUUAUUAUGGGCCGCAAGAGCCCACUAAUACCCUGAUGCCAUCGCACGCGCACUACUACGGGUCGUAUGAGAGCCCAAAUGAUGGAGGUAGUGGUACGAGUUAUCAUCCCGGAAAGCCUUCUUAAUACUAC